CCUUAUAUGGAGGGAUUCUCAGGAAAAGAAAAGUAGUUUCUUAAGUGAAUCAAGUAGAGGGAGGGGCGCAGGGAGUUGAGUCGGACUGGUCUGAUUAGGGCUAGAGCCAGCGGCUGGUACAGCCCAUUAUAGCUGCUGCUGCUUCUCUGUGGCACUGCCCCUCCUGUUUCAUUGGCGUAUUGUCGCACUGAGGCGCCGCGCUUUGUACCGUUACAUGCUACAGGCGCUUCGCUACAUUGUAUCGGCGCACUAUUGGGUUAUACGGACGCGCUGUUGGAUUGGACAAGCUUUUUUUGCAGUCUAGAGCGCUUAAAUCGCAGCUUACACCGCUGAUUCUGACUUCUAGGAGCCCGGACUUAGCCUUGCACUAUCCACACUUACUUCCCAACACUCGGACUGAUUUUUGAAGUCUCACAAUGGCCCUUAGCGCUAAGUGGCUCUGUUUUGCCUUUGCCAUUAUCUUUGGUAUCUGCUGGGCAGGGGCAUCGGAGGAGCCAUGCUAUGGGAACGUCGGGGACACAGAGGUAUAUGCUCCAUUUGGAAGCUGGGCUCUGUUUAACUGCACCCACAACUGCACUAAAGCUGACUGGGAGUCACGAUUAAUAAAGAGGAACAAAAUUGAUGGACCUGGCUGGGUUUCUGUUGAAGUUGGAGUUGGAGUUACUGAUAAGGAAUGGAAAGCAUCAGAAAUAGCCUGCACUGUUCUGUCACGUGGAGAAGCAGUUGAUAACUUCGUCACAGUAAUUCCUUAUGAGAUUCCCCGUUUGGUGACGUUAGACAUGGAGGACAUGCUGGAAGAAGGGAAAUCAUACAUUAUCACCUGCACCGUACACGGAGUGGCACCUAUUCAGAACCUCAGGGUCACAAUGUUGAGAGGAAAAGAGUUGAUUUACAAUAAAACAUUUAAGGAUGACUUGACUCGUAAAGCUGACAACAUUACAGAAGCAGUAACGUAUCAAAUCACAGCUGAGAGAAGUGACAACAUGGAGGACUUCUCCUGCCAGGCCACCCUUGCACUGGGCACAGUCAUUGGGAACGUUACAGUACCGUCAUCUAAUGUCACGGUUAGAACAUUUGCUCUGCCAGACAAACCAAAGCUUGAAGUUAAUCAGUGGAUUAAAAAUGGCACCCGGCAAAUGGCCACAUGUAAAGUCUCCAAUGCCUUUCCCCCUGAACACCUGAACCUGACAAUGAUCUUUAACACUAUAACCCUCAGCAUGAAUAAAAUCAAGAUGGCUGAUGGCAGCGUGUUAGGAUCUGCUGAAAUUCCUCCUGACACUUUAUUAGGGACUUACCGGCUUCUUUGCAAAGCUGAGCUUGUCAGUCUGUCCUCCGAAGCCUCCACUGAUAUUCACAUUUAUGAAUUGCCAGAUAUCAGCUUCACUGUCUCGAAUGAUUCAGUCCUUUUGGGUGACUCCAUAACAGCCUCCUGCUUGUUAAAUAAUAAUAACUCCGAUCCAUACGGCGUAACCAUCAGGUUGAACGGGGAAGAAAUCUGUAAAGACCCAGCCAUGGACUGUAAUGUCCCUGUGAAUAGAAGAUCCCCCCAGUCACUUGUCUCCUGUGAAGCUUUCAUUAAAGAUAAUACAGACAUAACUGUAAGGAGAGAGAAAAGCCUCACCGUGCACUAUUCCCCACAGUUCCAGGAUGAUCAGUGCCCAGGCCACUUUGCCCUAAGAGAAGGAAAUAACGGUCCCUUUAAAUGCCAGGCUGAUGGGAACCCCCCUCCCACAGUCACAUGUAGCAGUGAUAGCUGGAUCCUUCCAACUGAUCGAACAUUUGAUAUAAACAAAACACACUCCGGGAGUUAUGAGUGCCAGGCUACUAACAUGCAUGGAGUCCAAAGCAAGUCUGUAAUGGUGGAAGUGCAAUAUCCUCCGGCGACUCCUAACAUUACAGCAGUACCAACAGCCACUAUCCCUAAGGGUGGGGCACUCAAUGUAACAUGUUGGGCUGACGGUCUCCCUCAACCUGAGUAUCGUUGGGUGAUUCCUAAUGGCGCCAGUGUGGUUUACAUGAAUAAUAACAGUGUGAUCUUUAUCCCAGAAGCCUCGACUUCUCAUAGCGGCAACUACACUUGUCACGCUGUAAACCAACAUGGGGAAAGUCCAGUAGCCCUGGUAAUUACAGUUACAGAUUAUACGCUUGUAAUCAUCCUUUGUGUCGUGGGGUUUUUGUUCCUUAUUAUAAUUAUAAUAGCCAUAGUAUGUUUGAUGCUAUGGAAAAAAAACAGAAGAGGCUUUUACGACUUAUUUAAACCAAAACAAGAGAAACGGCAAGAAGAGGAGAUGACUCCAAUGAAGACACAAUGUAACAGCCACUGAAGGUUAUAACAAGACACUGGGACUGAAUAACUCACCUUGAUACUGGGGCGGCUAUUCCCAGACUGGAGACCAGUGCAGCCUGCCCAGUCGCUAUAUGAAUGGAUACACUCCCUGCAGGCUUAUAUUCAUUGUCAUUAUAGCACCACUCUCUGUAUGGCAGACUUCCAUCUUAAGAAGAAAUAUCUCACAAAGUUAAGAGCUACCAGAGAUGCCUCAUUGCCUGUACUGAGAGGAGCCAUAUCCCAUUUGCGCUGCGCACUUCCUGGCAAUCCACUACAGCAAGAGAUAGGAGGAAGUCAAGCGCGCUUGAAAAUCUCUUCCCUGAAACCUGUUCUUGUGACUGCUAACAGCAAUGUCCUAUCAGUAUCAUCGUGUAUCUGCGUAUGAAGGGUUUCUUUUAAUUUUUGAAUGUUACAGUGUUUAUAUUA